UCAGCCUAUCGCCAGCAGUGAAAACGGUUCUUCGGUUCGGUCGAUACGAAAGUUCAAAGCUCGUCUUCAGCCGCUGUCCGUCAUCAGUGUCUGCUAUCCUAUCCGCUUUUGUAACUAGACCGGUUUAGCUGGGUUCUAGGAUUUUGUAACGGGAGUGCGUUUAGGGACUACGUAUUCCCACUCUCGCUACCCCCCGGUCGGCACAAGCUCGGUAGUUCCAUUCAUCCCAUACCCAUUGUUUGUGCAUUCGGUGGGCCAAUCGGCAAUCCGGUUUAUCGAAGGUGUGUUUUCUGUCCCGUGUCAGUGUAUUGGCAAGUGUGGGUGUGCGUUUAUUAUAGUCGGUGCUUCUGCUGCCGUUGCUGCCGUUACGCUUCCCCGUAGGGGAGGCAAAGAUUCGCAGAAACAGGAUUCUUACUUUCCUGUGAGUGAUUUUGUGGUGCGGAGUUUUUGCCGGGCGAAAGAAAAUAAAAAAAACGGAAGAAGAUACGUUAGAAUUCAUUGUGCGAACGAGUGAAACAGUGGUGCGAAGCAGGGUACAACCGGGAUCAAUUAAAGCCGCAAGGUGAUACUGACGGUGAAUUUGUUGGGUAUGCGAAAGCGAAGAGGUGAAGUUAGUGCCAGUGACUGGCGAGCGAAAUUCAAUUAAAAUAUCUCGGAUUUUUCGGCUAAAGCAAACAAACCCUGAGUGAAGUGGUGGUGAUUCGAGGUGUAGUAAGAAGAACAUGUGCUGAAAGUUUUGUCGUGCAAUUUCGCUUAAUGUGUUAACAACAGAUUGUUCGGGUGAUCAGAAAGUCGAGGACAGCAGCUUGUGUAGGGGAUUAAUUUCCGUCCGACUACGAUCACAUCUCGUUUUUCUGCAGCAGGAUUUAUUCCCGGAACCUUGAUUUGCACUUCCAUUUCGACUGCUGCUGCAGCAACAACAACGUACAGCACAAAACUAAAAGAUUCUCACUAUUCAACCGAUGUUCGGAAGGCUGAAUAUCUUGCGAUAAUUCAACACAAUUGGUCGGGGUCGUAAAAUAUCUGUAAAUGGCAAAAUAGUCCAGGGUCAUUGACAAAAGAUUUUAACGCAACAUGACGGACAGCUGAGGAGCUUCUACCGGUCCGGAGUCUGUACCAAGAAGCAUUAGUCCCGUGCGAAGGCGAAACAAGAAAAAGAAAACAAACAACAAAACACACCAGUUCGACAUAUCUCUUCAACAAUAUCAUUUUAUCAAAUUAGAGCAGUAACCGCCGUACCGCCACGUGCUCUUCGUCGACUCGUCCGUCUUCAGUGACCGAGUGGAACGAAGGCUUGUUCAGGCCUACAUGGUUCAUGUGGUGUCGACUAUUUACAUCGAAAAAAAUCAACCUCGAAACUUAAGCUAAAACAAUGUAUCAUGAUAGCAGCUAGUGACCGCCAAGUUUGAAAGAGCAAGCAGGUGUCAGAGUAAAGCAAAGAAGAAAAAAAACGCCGAAAAAGUGAUCAGUAAAUUCCAAUAAUUUUGAUCAAAAGUUGCUGUUUUUGGAGUGAAGUGUACAUCUGUGUGUGAGUGUACGUGUGCGCGUAUUCGCGCAAACUAGACAACCAAACGGAUAAUAUCAAAUCUACAACAAUGAAUUUACGACAUCAGGAAACAUUUUGUAUCGUACUUUUAAUAAGCACCAUCAGUAUUACGCUUGGACAUGACUUUCAGUUUGCCAGCGAGAAGGAGGAGGAGGAGGUUCAGCCGAUGCUGGCGGAACCACUAGACGUAGUUAGUAAAGCGAAACCCAUCAAAUCAAUCUACUCGAAGGAAAAAGCACACUGUCAUGAAACGCAGAACAGGAUUAUCCUAUCGCUGGUACUCCGAUCGCACAGCUGGGAUGAAAUCGUGGAAAAGAAACGCCAAAAAGCCGUCAACAAACUGUCUAAGUUCUUCUUAAUACCUAAGGAAAAUUUUGUCAUCGACGACGUCAAUCGGCUUGAAGUACAUCAAAUGACGACGAACGCCAUUCGACGUGGUCGAAAUAACCUAAACAGCUCAAAGCGAAAACUAGGCCGAAUUGGAUUCUUGAUUGGCUGUGACAAAACAAUUUUCCCCAGCGAAAAAUUGAUUGCCAAUACUAUCGCGCAACAGAUGAAGGAAAGAGCCCUGGACGACAUCUCCGGAUUGGACUUUGGCUGGUGGUCGAUCUGGACCGAACACCCAGAAGAAGGCAACCAUCAACAACAACAACAACAUCAUUAUCAUCAGCAUCGGCAACAGCAGCAAAGACAAAAACAGCUUCUUCAGGGCCGCAGGGUCCGGCGGCAGACAAGCGAAGACGAUUAUGACAAUGAUGACGAUGAUUACGAUUACAACUACGACGAUGAAGAUGAAGCUGAACCCACCGAGAUUCCGCAGCAUGCACACCGACAUCAUCAUGGCGACGGUUCGCAACCACAACCAGGCGAACACUCGACUACUAACGUUUCGCCUGCGAAAAGCAUCGGGACUGUGGUGGUUGGUGCCGGGUUGAACCAGCACGGAUCUCAUCGGGAAAUGGAACCGGACGAGAACAAUCUGAUAGCUGCGGCCAGGGUGCUGGAUCGAACGACUGUGACUGCGACUGCCGAUGCACACGGCAGUCGAAAAACUGGCCCCGGUCAAAAGGUGCACAUGACUCAAACCGAACCGAAUGACCAGUUUGAUUUUACCCAGGCGGACAUCCGGGAGAGUGUUUCGCAGCUGGAGUCGACAAUUACGAAAACCAUUCGGAAUAACGAACAGCUGAAACAGGAGGAGGAAAGCUUGCUGGCGAGAAAGUCUUCCAAACACAAACCGAUUGAUAUCGAACGAAUUGUGGAAACUGAACUAAUGCUGCCGGAUAUUGAGCAGUUGAAGGGACGAGAUGUGUUCAAGGACGACUACGUGAUUGAGGAUAUGGUGACCCCUGUGGUUUCAACGAAAAAAGUUCCCGUUUCGACAGUCAUCAAAAAGCCGCACAGCUCAUCCGGUACUGCCGCCAUCACCGCCACAAUCAGUCCAACCAGCAAAAGUCCGGUUCAGUCUAGCUCCAGAAUGGGCUCGUCCCGGUCCACUAUCAAAACGAUACCGAACGGUGGUAGCAGUACGACACUUGCGACAAGAAAGGCCACCACACCGGAAAUGACCACCCGGCAGACCACAGCGACGUUCACAACAGAACCAACUAACGACGCUAAUCUAUCUAAUCAACGGUGGACUAGCAGCACCAAGGAGGAGUUCACGUCCGACACCAGCAUCACCAGCGGCAACACAGUGCCUAACAAACAGCAACACUCUCCCGCCGUCACCAAUCCCACGACAACCCAAAUCACGACCACCAGAUCCACACCGGCAACGACUACAAAAAGAGCGGAAAUUUUCACCUUCCCGACCAGCAGCAGCAGCCGGUCGGACGAAGCUGAAGCUGAAGCCGCCACCAUCAACCAUCAUGUCACGAUUGAUGUCACGAUAACGACACCGCUUUUGCCACUAAAUCCAACUACCACCACCGUCACCUCCACCACCUCUAGCGUCACCACGUCUAGGGUCACCACCCUAGUGCCCAGAGGUGCGGUAGAGCAAAGGGAGGAUAAGGAAACCUUAGUGUCCACUACCGCGACUAACAUUCGAUCCACUAACGAAAAUAAAUCCGACUACAAAGCCGUCGUACCGGCCACUGCCGCCAGUCUUCCCCUCGAUGGGAAGGUGAAGACGGACGACAAAGAGGAUGAGUCUGCGGAAUCACUUCUGCCAACUUCGCUGGGAACGCCGUUGACCGAAGCCGAACAGACCGGUUCGACCGCUGCCGCGUCCACAAUAUCCAUCACAUCCGCCGGUUUGAUUCCCACGGAAACGGGUCCUCUGGAACAAGUUCGCAUAGCUACAACAACGUCCAGAACCACGGGCGACUUUCAGCUCGGAGAGGAUCACUACAGUGAAGAAGUGCCGGCCGAAGAAUCCACCGAAGAUGAGUACGAAGAUACGGUCAUUAUCACCGAACUGCCCAAUUCAGUGGCCCCGGUAGUUUCGAUUGCGACAAGUACCGCAAUUCCACCCACAAUCAGAACCGUCACCAGUACCGAGACAGUGAUGGCGGAAAGAGAGCCCGACAGUACGACGAUAGAACCGAUUGGCUCUAGUACUACGAUUUCUCCAACCAGUAGCAGCAGUUUUAGCGCCACCAUCACAACUACACAGGCUCCGCUACCGUCACCGACAGCAACAACCACAACAGAAACAGAAACAGCAUCCACAACACCGCUUGAGCUCAUAACCGUGCCGCGUGUGGUUUUUGUUGACGCUACCACCACUCCUGCUAUUACUACUACCACUAGCACUACUACUAGUACCGCUACUCCUACCGAUAGCGACAGUACUACUACUAGUUUUCGAUCAAAGGCCACCACUCCGACGACCGUAAGUAAAGCUCCAGCACCGAUCGGUGGAAAGCGGGAAUCGAACGAAGACACAUUCGAAGAAAACUACGAUGACGAGUACGACGACGAGCUGGAGGAGGAACUGCCGACCAGUCCUGCUACCCCGGUCGGACGUCUGCCGGGCAUCGUGGAUCCGGUUGCCGCCGUCAGUACGGAGUCCACAACACCCGAUGCAACGACGAUUCCCUCGCCAACAACCGUUCCGUCCACAAGCCCGUCGACAACGAUCCCAGUGACAACAACAACAACAACAAAUUCAAUCAGCACCGAAGCUAGCUCAACAGCAUCAACGACCGUAGCUUCAACCGCCAGUACAACACAACCGAGCACAACCGAACUGGACGAACCAACCAAUCUACAUCCGAUCAUUAGAAACCGGAUUCCGAAGCAAGCCAUCAUUGCCGGUAAAGUGUUCAGUCUGCCGGUACCACUGGAAACCUUCUACGAUGCCGAAGAUGGCAACAACCUUCGGCUGGAGCUGUUCGAUAGCCAUGGCAAUCAACUGAAGAACAAUUCUUGGGUACAGUUUAAUGUAGAAACCAGAGAAAUUUACGGUCUCCCGUUGGAAAAGGACGUCUCCAAGUGGCACUAUAUACUGCAAGCUGUCGAUUCCGGCGAGCAGUCAGUUAACGAAACCGUCGAUGUAUCCGUCCAGCAGCACAAAUCUCAUCGCAGUGUUAAUCAUGAAAUCAGUUUGGCCCUGCGAUUGCAGCGCAAAUUCGCCCGAAACGUCGACUGGCAGAUCGAGGUGAUUCGUGGUAUCGCCAAGGUGCUCGGUGACGUUUCGCUGACUAACAUCGUAGUUCGUGAGGUUCGCAACAGUAUUCAGGAUCCGAAUCUAGCCACGUUUGUUUACACCAAUGAAACACUGCCGAAGGAUCGCUGCCCCGAGGAGAAACUGGAAGAGCUGGUAGUCCAACUGACGGAAAAGGCCCUCAAUGAUGCACUGAAUCCGGAUAUUUUGGUGAAAUCCGUUCAGGGCCAGCAAAUUGGACAGUGCCUGAAGUCGCUUAUUCCGAAGGUUAAACCAACGCAGACAAUUGCUACGAAGAAUUUUGCACCAACGACCCGGAAUCAGGUGGAUCGAGUAAACGCCACCGUUGGCCAUCUGCUCGUCUACAAAGUACCGAUUGAUACUUUCUACGAUCCCGAGGAUGGCACCGAUCUCAAGCUGAAGCUACUGACGACCAUAAGAAGCCCGCUGGAUCAGUAUCACUGGUUGCAGUUCGAUUCGAAGAACCACGAGUUCUUCGGAAUACCCAGAAACAGUGACAUUGGUCAGAAGGAGUAUCUGCUGAUGGCCGAAGAUCGCGAAGGACUCACCGCCACCGAUGCUCUGGUUGUAGUUGUUCACCAAGCCCAUCCCAAGCGCGACCACAGUGUUUUGUUCGAACUGACGCUGGAUACAACUCACGAACAGUUCAGUACCGCACAAACGCAACGAAGAUUCAUCGAACGGCUCGCUCAGGUAUUCGGCGAUGCCAACACCAACUACAUUCAGAUCCGAAAUAUCCGCACAAUCAUGCACAGCGGUCAGGUACAGGUGGCUUUCUAUAACACAACGCUCUACCGACAGCACCAGCGCUGCCCGAAUGAGGAGAUUGAAAGCAUGCGAAACAUUCUGAUGUAUCCGGAUGGUACCAUUCGCGCCAAGGUACGGGAGAUUCUUGGUCAGGAGUUCAGCCUGCAAAACGUUAGUCUGAUUCCGGUGGGAACCUGUCAGGGUUACGACACUCCGAUCCACGUGACGAAUGAACCGGAAAAGACUUUGCCGCCUCCAAUCGCCAAGGAUGACUAUCUUCUCACCUUCGUCCUGCCGGCUGUGAUAAUCCUGACAAUGCUACUGAUCGCUUUCAUCAUUGCGUGUAUCCUGUACCGACGGCGGCUUACCGGCAAAAUGGAACUUGAAUAUAUCAAUUUCCAACCUAUCGCAUCCCAAUCCCAUCAAGGUACCGAUGAGGAACGCAAGUCGUUCCGCUCGAAGGGUAUUCCGGUGAUAUUCCAGGAUGAACUGGACGAGAAACCGGAAAUCGGCAACAAGUCGCCGGUGAUACUGAAGGACGAGAAACCGCCGCUGCUUCCGCCGUCCUACAGCAGUACCAAUAAUGAUGGUGAAAACGACGACUUGGACGAGUACGUGCCCCCGCCAGCAGUCGUUGUUGGAGGCCGUGAAUCGCGGGGUAAAUCCCCGGUAACCCCAUCCUACCGGAGGCCACCGCCGUACGUGUCACCUUAGAAGCGAGUUUUUCGUAGUGCGAUGUCCGGUCACCAGCAGCAGCAGCAGCACCAAAACCAGCACCACCAAUACGAACACAAUCAACACCGUCACCAUGGAAACAGCAGCUAGAUUUUUUGUCCAAAACAGGUGCGGCGCGUGAGGUGACGAAAAAGGAGCUAGAGCACUACGAACCGAACGGAAGCGGUUUUGAUUUCUUGUUUGUUUUUUAUUUUAUUUUUCGUUUGGUAUUUACUUACUAAGUACUACACGGACAAGGGGCGCGCACGUCACGGAACGUGAGCGCGAUAGAAUGAUUUAAGAACCGGACGACAAUGAUCGAGACACAGGAAAAAAAAGAUCCUCACAUCUCUAUUUCUGCGGGAAAACGAAAGUCUUUCGAGAGGAUGUGAGUUUUAUUCAUAGUAACAUAUGAAAAAAAAUUGAUAUUUUUGUAAAAAGUGUCCGGCGAACCGAGCCGCUGGAAAUUGUGAAAUCAAUUUGUAGUCAUCUUACGCUAAGAUAUGAAGUUAAUCAGAUAACAGAAUACAUACAAACGUAGUUUUAGCAGUGUAAGUUUUUAUAACUUUAUUUUUGAUUGAAUUGUGAACCCAACUGUUUUCGGCCAAUUCAACAUCCGAAGCUAUGACUAGUUUGGUUUGUUGUGAAAAGAUUUUCCCCAUUCUAUUCCUUGUUUCGCUUUCCGACCGAAGGAACAUGCAGAACAAGCGAAACGCACAAUCAAUCCUUAAAUUUACUCGUUUAGGUUUAAAGAAUCUAUACAAUGCAGCAACAGAGCUUAAGACGAUAGUGGAAAAAAGGCACCUUUCAGUUCUAGUUCUCGAAACCAACUAUCGGGCGAAUAUAGUAAAUGGAUAUUACACCUAUAAAUGUGAAAAAAACAUCACUCUAACAAGGAAAUUUUCUCGUACUACUCUUUUAGGAUAAAUUUACACCCGAACAGCGAAACCCCUUUUUUAUUAUUACCUGCACUGGCAGAAAAGGCCCGUGAUUUUAUAAAUUACGACAUCCGUGCGUUUUACAUGUUAAUAAAUGAAUGUGAACACAACUAGGAAUUGUCGGUGAACAAAAGAUAAGGUCAUCAAUGCAAAUGCCCAAUCCUAACAAAUAAACAAACAAACGAACGCUUAGUUUCUCAAUAAAACAACUGUCUCGAAUCAAGAAUCAAAAUAUCAAUCGUUUUCCGCAGCUAAAUCCCAUGAACUUGUUAUGAUCUCACCUAUUUUCUGUUUUUUUUAAUUGUUUUAUUCCGAGCUUUCCCCGCAAUUUCCCAUAUCGAAGUAAUAGUUUUGAAACUCGCGAAACUUACAAGUAACUGCCAUAUUAAAACGAUAAUAGUAGCCAGCUUGAGAGAGAUAAUUUCAAGAAAAAUAAAGGACUUAAUAAUGUUUUAAAGUGUGCAUUUAAUUGGGGUCUUCCUAAUUCAAAAUGCAACAGAAAAAUCAGUCCUUAGGACAAUUUCGCCAAACUGACCAGUUAUAAAAUUGGUUUCCAAUUGAAGACAACAACAACCAUUAUCCAGAACGUAAAACAACGAUUUUCACCGGUGAGAAUGUAAAAGCUGAAGCAAUCUGCUCUGUCCACUAGUUAUUCGUUUGUAAAACGAAUGAAAAACAGAAAGAGAAAACCGGAGCAAUUACUAUCACAGGGUUUUCCGUAAAAUGUUUUCCUUGAGUAAAAAGUUAUUCGCUCGUUUGUAACUAUUUAAGUGUAACGCUUAUCUAUGUAUUUUUUUUAAUAGCUGCCAGUCUUAACAAACGGCACAAUGUAAUCUGCGUAACUGAAUAAUCGUACAUGAAUAUAUCUAUCUGAAGCAAGUGUUAAAUUAUUUCGACUAAAUUUUCUCAGUGUUUUUUUUUUCAGUUUUAUUCCAUUUUGACAAAAUGAGCUGUAUAGCAUACAUUUAAUUUUCUUCAUAAGCUAGAAAGGAAAAUGUUAAACAAACAAACAAAACUAUAAAUGUAAAGCGAAUAAUUUGCUGGUCGAAAUAACUUCCCGGAACAAAUAGAUCCCACACUGAACCUAACUUGAAACAGAAGCAACAGUGGACUGAAAACCAACCCAACCAAAAACAAAAAAAACCACAAACUCACAUUUCCUAAAACAAACAAAUAAAUUAAAAAAAAAACAUUUGUCUAACCAAGUAAUGUCUAAAGCGAAAAUAAAACGCACCAUUCAAGAGAAGAAGAGAAAGAAAAAUUGAAACAAAAAUCAACUAGAAACACACUAUUAGAUAUACUCACGCACUGAUAGAGAAAAUAUACAAACAACAUAAGGAAAACCUCUUGAAACCUAGUAAGAUGCAAUCUAAACACAAAGCGAAAGCUGCAAGCCAGGAUAGAUGAAAGGGAUGGAUUUACUGCAGCUAUGGGUCGAAAUCGGAGAAAUAAGAGAAAAUCGAUAAGAUAAGAAUGACGAAAACUCGAUAACCAAAUUGUACAUUUUUUAAUAAAAAGGUAAAAACAUUUAA